CUGGGCACUCAGCUAGAUGCUGGUGGGCGUGACGUCAUGCCCGAAAGUUUGAUACAAUGCCCUCCAUGUUUAGGGGAAGUUGAGUUCAACUGACAACAGCAACAUGUGACGUACAGAAGACAUGUAGAUGAUCAAUGGAAUUUACGCGUAAUUGACGCAACAGCCUGGGAAGCGACGGCUUGAUGAAACAGAAUUGGACCUGUUCAGUUUUUAGGUGAAUGGUUCGUGUAACACCCAACUAUAAAGCGCUCUGUUCUCCGGUAGACAAGCGGGCUGCUUCGGGUGAAACGUGUAUCGGAAUUAGUUUUCACCGAGUUGUUUUUGGACUGCAAAUAUUGUGUGUUUCUUUCUAUAAUGAGGAACCCGCUGGACAGACGAUUUUAGGACUGUUCUUCAGCCCUUCUCGGACCUCCGUCGCCGGGCGAGAGUCGGGCAUCGUCCUUUAGAGGAGUAUCAGAAUGAUAAAGCCCAAAGUGGGUCGGAUGUUUCUGGCGACAUGCGUCGGGUCGUUUUUCAUUCUCAUAUUAUACUUCCAGAACAUCUCAAGAUCAGCUUCAGAACAGAUUUCGGGUCAGAACAGUUUCCCAGUUAAAUCAGGAAGAAGUCCUUUGCAGACACUACAAGAAAAUGACCAGCUGGAGCAGUCCGCAGUGCAGGCCACUCUGCAGGGUCGAAGGGAACUCCUGGAGGAAACCUGUCACACCCACACCCGCAAAAGACGCGUACUCGGCCCAGAGGACCUCCGCCACCUCAUAGUGGACGAUAAACACAAGUUACUUUAUUGCUACGUCCCCAAAGUGGCAUGCACCAACUGGAAGCGUGUAAUGAUGGUGCUAACAGGCAAUGGGCGCUACCGCGAACCGCUGGCUAUUCCCGCCAACGAGGCUCACGUAGCGGGCAACCUGCGUUCGCUCUCGGAGUACUCCACGGCUGAGAUCAAUAAGCGUCUGCGCACAUAUCUGAAGUUUGUCUUUGUGCGCGAACCCUUCGAGAGACUCGUCUCGGCGUAUCGUAACAAGUUCACCCGUAGCUACAACACGGCCUUUCAUAAACGCUACGGGACCAAAAUCAUCCGGAGGCAUCGUGCGGACCCCCAGGCUGAAGCUCUGGAAAAAGGCAACGACGUCUCCUUCGAGGAGUUUGUGUAUUAUUUAGUAGACCCUCAGACUCAGAGAGAGGAACCAUUUAACGAGCACUGGGAAAGGGUUCACUCGCUUUGCCACCCUUGCCUGAUCCAUUACGACGUGGUGGGCAAGUACGAGACUCUUGCGCAAGAUUCGCGCUACAUCCUGAAGUUAGCAGGUGCCGAAGGAGAGGUGAAAUUCCCAGCCACCUCCAAGAGCACCAGGACCACGGGCGACAUGGCUGCCAAGUUCUUUGACAACAUCAGUCCAUUUUACCAGAAGAAACUCUUCAAUCUUUACCGAAUGGACUUCUUGCUUUUUAACUACUCUGUGCCGGGAUACUUGAAGUUGAGAUGAGAGUUCGAGCAUGUUUCAACUUAUCCCAAAUCUUGCGCACAUGUCUUGCGGGCACAGACGUUUGAAUUUUGCUCUUGUGUCUGAAUUCAAGUGAACUGCCUGGGGGAACCUAUAGAGGAAGCGUCUUGAAUAUGGCAUAGCCCUCGCUCCCUUGAAGCCAAAUUCAGCACUGUGAACGGAUUACUGCUGGCAGGGGUGUUGCAUCCCAUCCCAAAAGUUCACGAAAUACUGCCUGUAAUUCCUUUGGCUUUGGUAACUUUUAACCGAGCUCCAAAUAUGUGCCUUUGUCCUUCUGAAUGUUGAUAAGUGAAGCGGGAUUCUUCAUCAACGGACAAAUGCUAUGAAUGUUUCAUCUUCUCUUUUAAUCUUCACCACCCAAAAUGAUAUUUAUAGUAUUGUUUACAUAGCAUAUUUAUUGCGGAUUUUAUUCUUGAACUGGAACCAGCAGAGCCUUGACAUUAAUCUCGAAGAGAUUUCUUGCGGAUGAUCACAAAGCCUCCUUUCUAAAAUUCCCUGGAUAUGAUUUCAGACCAUAACCUUACUCCCGAUCACAAAGGUAGUUUCCAAGUCUGAAUGUAACAAACCAUCAACUUUUUCAAUCAGAUAGCUGGUCAUAUAUCGGAGAGAGUCAAAUUAGACUUCUCUUGCAGUUGCAAACUGGACAAGGCUGUCUACCUUGGCCGGUUUAGCUAACCUGGAAUGAAACGGUGUUCUCACAGAGUCACCCCUUUAUUUAGAAUGCAACGAGCUGGGUAAACAUUGCAUAGCUGUGGUCGGGGAAAGGUGGACCCUCAUCAGUGCGCCUCUUGUUGAGCUAUGGAUGCAGGGUGAGGUGCAAACUACCCACUGGGCAUUGCAGGUCAAACAUCAGCAUGAUCCUGGGAGGAAACACUCGUCUUAUGAAUUCGUAAUAAGGGCUGAAGUGCAAUAAAGGUUUUUAGUGAGGUACCAGUAUGUGUUUGAGUCAGCAGAAGAUUUUCUAUCCCUUGCAACUCCUAAAGAGAGAGAAAAUCAACCUCUUGCAUCUGUGCACUACAGUACAGUUUAAAGUCCUGCUAUAGGUUUCACGACUUUAUGAAAUGUUCUUGUGGUUCAUUAGCAUUUGGUUGAAACUGCCUUUAGGAAUUUGUAUUUUUUUUUUUUUUUUGGGGGGUCUGCAGAAAAGGCUAAUCAAUGGAAGCUUGUUUUUGCCACUAAAUAUAAAAAAUGUAAUUGCGACUUUUUAUGCCACAAUUCUGACUUUUU